CUCUCUGGCACCUGCCGGCAACCGCUAGCCCCAAGGCACUUCGAGGCAGAGCAGAGAGGCAGCAUCAUGGCCACAGGACUGCAGGUGGCCUCCAUCGACUGGCUGAGGCCCAGGAACAACCUGCGGCACCACACGGCAGAGAUCAGCACCCAGCGGCUGAUCGUCAGGAGGGGGCAGGACUUCGACUUCUGCCUCCACUUCCACCCCAGGGGCUACCAGCCGGGAGCGGACUCCGUCUACCUGAUCGCAGAGACCGGGCCCCGUCCGGAGCGGCAGUCUGGCACACGAGCCGCUUUCCUCCUGGGCGUGGGGCAGCCCACCGGCAGGGGCGGCGUCUGGGGUGCUGGCCACGUCUCCAACGGCUCCCGCUCCACGGACGUGCGGGUGCUGGUGCCAGCAGGGGCCCCCAUCGGGCGCUACCAGCUCAAGAUCCACAUCGACUCCGGCUACGGCCGAGUGGCCUCGUAUCUCCUGGGGGAGUUUGUCGUGCUCUUCAAUGCCUGGUGCCCAGAGGACGACGUGUACCUGGUUAGCGAGCCGGAGAGGCAGGAAUAUGUCAUGAACGAAGACGGCAUCAUCUACCAAGGCAACAAGGACAGGAUCCUGCCGUCUCCCUGGAAUUAUGGACAGUUUGAGGAGGACAUCAUAGACAUCUGCUUGAAACUCCUGGACAGAAACUUGAACUACCUGCGUGACCCGGCCAGGGACUGCUCCCUGCGGAGCAGCGCAGCCUACGUCAGUCGGGUGCUGAGUGCAAUUGUCAACAGCAACGAUGACAACGGGGUCCUGCAGGGCAACUGGAGCGAAGACUACUCCGGGGGGGUCCGCCCGACAGAGUGGAGCGGCAGCGUGGCCAUCCUCCGGAAGUGGCACCGCAGUGGGGGCCGCCCGGUCAGAUAUGGGCAGUGCUGGGUCUUCGCGGGUGUGAUGUGCACAGUGAUGCGGUGCCUUGGGAUCCCGUCCCGCGUGGUGACUAAUUUCAACUCGGGGCACGACACAGACGGGAACUUGAUUAUUGACGUCUUCUAUGACAAGACGGGCGAACUCUUGCCCCGGGAGAGCAAGGACAGCGUUUGGAACUUCCACGUGUGGAACGAGUGCUGGAUGGCACGGAGGGACCUGCCUGCAGGGUACGGUGGCUGGCAGGUCUUGGAUGCCACCCCCCAGGAACGCAGCAACGGGCUGUUCUGCUGCGGCCCGGCCCCCGUCAUGGCUAUCCGGGAAGGAGACGUGCAGCAUCGCUACGACGCCCCUUUUGUGUACUCCAUGGUGAAUGCGGAUCGUGUCGCUUGGCUGCUUUCUGGGACGAGGAAAGAGAAGCUGAACUGGGAUACGAGCGCCAUCGGGAACCACAUCAGCACCAAGCGCCUGGGCAGUCAGGACCGAGAGGACAUCACCAGCGCCUACAAGCACCAGGAAGGUUCUGUGGAGGAGCGCCGGGCCUUCCUGAAGGCCGCCACUGCCAGGACAGGCACAGGGGCCGCAGGGCCUGAAGCGGAAGAGCUGAGCAGGAGGCACUCCGCUGCGGCAAGCAGGGGGGACCUGGCAGCGCCGGCGGAAGGGCAGCUCGCUCUCCGGAUCCAGCUGGUGGAGAACCCCGAGUUCGGGCAGGACCUUCACCUGAUGCUGCUGGCGCAGAACCUGGAGGUGGCCCACAAGGAGGUGAAGCUGAGCCUGAGCACCCAGCCCGUCCUGCACAAUGGCACCCCCCGCCCCCCCUUCUGGCAGGACACCCACUACCUCUCCUUGAGCCCCAAAGAAGAGAAGAGUGUGUCCUGGCGCAUCGCAUACGGGCAGUACGGCACACACCUGGCAGAGGACCGGCAAGUCCAGGUCAUCGCCAUAGCGGAGGAGAAUGUCUCCUGGCAGAAGACGCUGGUGGAGAAGACCAUCACCAUGACCAACCCCACCCUGACCCUCAGCGUCUUGGCCCCGGUGGUGGUGCACCAGCCUUUCCCGCUCCACGUGGAAUUCGUCAACCCCCUGCCCCAGCCUGCCGACGGCUGCCUCUUGACCCUGGAAGGCAGCGGGCUGGUGAAGGACCAGGCUGUGGUGGAGUUGGGCUCCCUGAGCGCCCAGGAGAAAGGCAGCCUCAAGGUCCAGGUGACGCCCUACAAGAGUGGACCGCGGCAGCUGCACGUCACCCUCACGAGCGACCACUUCCCCCCCAUCAAGGGGUGGAAGCUGCUGGAGGUGGCCCCCCGCCCAGGAGGCACCUAGAGGAAGAGACUCCCACACCCCACACACCGUAAAGGGCAUCUGGCCUCCCUCUCCACCCCCCACCCCCCAAUAAAGCUUGGCACCUUCACCAA